GUGUGUUCCAAAUUACACCAUCUUUACUUCCUAUAAACCAGGCUUCGAAGUCCCAGCUCUCCUUUCAUGCUCUGUGUUCAGAACCUCCCAUUUCUGCAAGUACGCCUGCAAACCAGAGUUGGUACAGCGGCCUGCACCGCUUUGAUUUCAUCCCUUUUGGAAGGUCUGGUGCAGCACCUUCCUUCUCUUGUUUGCUUCCCUUACCCACGCUGCUUGCUUCUCUUGGCUUCAUAUCCCUUUUCAGUGGAGUCAGUGGAAGCUGCACUGACUUUGUUCUUCUAACUGUAUUUGUUUUUCCUUUCUCUAUAUUAUCUGCCAGAUUUUUCAUUAAGUGCUGAACAAAGCUGCAAGUUGUUUAAGACAAGGGCUGUGUCUUUACUUAGCAUGGACCCUCAGUGUGUUUGAGAAGGUUAGAGCCUGCUGUUCUGAUCUCCUCUGGCAUUUCUGAGGUGCAAGCUGAGAGAGAGGAGUUCCUUAGAUUUGUGGAAAUCCUCUUCCCUUUACCAAAUCUGGGCACUUUUGAGGUCAGCAGGGUUGGUUUGCUUCCCAGCGCUUUCAGCUGCUCUCCUGGGGCUGGCCUAGUUCCAGCCAGCCUGGGUUGAGGCUUGAGCUCUGGGGGGACUGGAUUCAGAGUCUUGUCUCCAUGGAGACAAAUACCCCACAGCAGGAGCGACAACAAAGGGUCAGGGGAAAGAAAACACCUGGUAAGAAAACAUUUUUCUCCUCUUAAACCUUGCUCUUAAUUGUGUUUCCACUGGAUGGCCUAAACCUUUUAGUCCUCCCUGCUUUCCUCCAUGAUUUCUAAAUACUUUGGCAGGAUCCAAGGUAGCAGCAGUGGCUGGGGAGUGCAGGAUGGUGGAGGUGGAGGCAGUGCCCAAUGACAGCCACCGCUAUGCAGCUCUGAAACUGUCCAUGCUUCUUGGGCAUUGAUUCUGUUGUGCUGUAUGUUAUUUUUCAUCCUUCCUUGAAGCCGGCUCCUUCCCACAUCCUAUCUUUCCCUCCAGUUAAGGCCCUGGAAUUCACAAAACCUGACUGCCAGCGUGCUGUUCCAUGUGCUCUAGUUUCAGGUCUGCAUCUGAAUGAAAAACUCGUAGACCAGUUUUAGGCUGAUGUUUCAUAUGCUGGGUAGUGUGACGUAUGAUUAGGCACCAAUAAUGAUUUUGGUGCCAACCUAAUAUAAAUACUUCCCUUAUCUUUACAUGAGGAACCAGACUUUUAAAAUUGCAUGCCUAAAAUAAUACAGCAAAUCAGUGUCAAAACUCAAAUGAUGAACCAUUUCUCCAGGCACAAAAUCUUUGAGUCUCAGGGCACUCAGUAAUUACUAGCAUUGCACAGAUCUUUCAUUUUGUUCGUAAAUCUCUUAAGCACAGGAUAAGGCUAUUCAGUUAUUUUUAAUGAGCAAUAUACUAUUAAAAUCUUACACAUCAAUUAGAAGUUUGAUGUAACCCUCCAUGUUUUAUUAGCACUUAUAAUACCAGAUCUGUAGGAGAAAAUAAAGGCAGAAGAAAAGGAUUGCUUGAGGAAUUACUUGCAGCUUUAUCACUUACAAGCUUUUUACCUAAAUAUAAUAGUAGUUCUUGUAGAUACAACAGUGCUUUGAGAAGGAGUAAUUAGCAAAGCUAGUAAUCAGCAAAUGAAUAGGCUUGCAUAAAUACUAAGCCUACGUCCUUUGCUUUUGCAUCAUCAGCUCUGGCACCCUUCUCCUCAGUCUGCCUGAUGCUGAAGCAGGGCGAAGCAGGUGAGGAGGGCUGCAGGACCUGUGGGUUGCAGCCUGCCAUGGGUUUUGGGAGGUCCUGUCCCUGCUGCACCAGUUUCUCUGGACUUAAUAGAGAAACUCCGCCAGCUUAUUGCAGUGGUGUUGGCCACAUAACCAGUGGGUACUGUUUAAUGAUGCAGAAUGUUACUAAAAGAAGCAGUCACUGUAGAAUUUUGUCUCAUCUUCGUGUGAGACAGGGGCUCCGUGGCUUAGGAUGAGAGAGGGGCAGGGACGGCCAACUCCACAAGUGAUCCAGAGACAGGCAAAGACAUGGAAGAUCUGACAAAAGGCCUGGAGGAACAAUGGGAAAGCCCCGAAGAGAAGAGUGAGAAGGCUCUGCUGCAUUCACACCCAGAACAACAGCAUCGCCUUAUCUGUACACUGAAGAAAAAAGAUGAGGCACAGGAAUGCUGCAGAAGCCUGGUGCAGCUCAGCAUGGAGGCAGAGAAACUGAGGGCAGAGGAUGCUGUGAAAAUGAAAACCCAGAGCCAACGGAUUCAGCAUUUGGAGGGGCACUUCAUGGAACUGGCCAACAACCAUGAAAAAAUGAUCCAGUUAAAGGAUGAACACAAGAAACAGUAUAUGCAGCUGUGGGAGGGGAAUAAGCACCUGUGGCAGGAGAACGAAGCGCUCCUCACCCAGGCCAUUAGGCAGAAGGAAGCUGAAGUACUCCAGCUUGCUGCCUGGGCCAGAAAGCUCUCAAAACAGUUAAAAUCCUUAGAGGAGAAACGUGCUUAUGAGAGUCACAGAGCCCAGGAGCAAGAAAAGGAGCUGCUAGAAGCUCACAGCCAGCAAGCAAGUGCCUAUGCCUGGGAAGCCGAUUCACUACAAGCCCAGCUGCAAUGCCUACAGAAGCACCCUGUCGCAAAGGUAGAGUGUGCAGAAAGUCAGCGGAGGGCUCAGGGCAGCGAGCUGCGGGCCAGGCUGGAGCAGGCAAAUGAGGAGAAAGAGCAGCUACUGAACCUGGCCAUGGAGAGGGGCAAAGCUCUGCAAGAUAAGCAACGGAAAAUUCAGCAGCUAGAGAAGAAGCUGGAGACAGCAGAAAAAGCCAGGCAGAGAGCCAGCACACCCCUUGUGAAAGAGGCAGCAGCAGCGGCGGAUGGUCAUCUGAAGGUCCGAGAGCUCCAACAACAGCUGAAAAGCAACAAACAGGCGUAUGACGAACUCACACUGCAGCUUGAUGCUUACAGAAAGCACAGUACAGAUUUACUGGCUAAAGAAAAAGUGCUGAACGUUAAACUCCAUCAUUUCAUUGUGUAACUACAGCCUUCUCUCGGCAGGUGCCUCUGUCAUAAUGCACCGCAGCAUUUUGCUCCUUUCCACGAGACUGUCUGAGUUCUCUGUUAUGUACUUACCAGCUUAAGACCUCCUCCAAGGACUGUUCUGUGGCCUUUUUUUUUUUUUUUAAUUAUUAUUUUUGUUACACUUUUACAUAAGUAAUCUCUCUACACUAUUAAAUCUGAAUGGAGAUUGUUGAACUAGUCAAACCUGUGACAGAAAGAUUAGGGUAAAUGUAGAAAGAAAAUGUAAAAUAUGAAUUCGAUUUAUUUGGUCCUAACUUCUGCUGUAUCACAGAUUUUCGUCUUUUACAGUUAAAAGCACGUUAUUUUCUCAGACAAAAGCUCAAACACUUAACCUUUUAUGUUUGAUUCAUCCUUGAAGUUCAGCAGAGGUUGGGCAUCUUAAGAGGUAACACUGAUGAUCCAAGAAAGACAUUCCAAGGAAGAAAUCUCUCCUUGCAAUAUCGAAGCCAUAAACAGUCACGAUUCAGGAACUUAACGGGUGAAAACGGCAAUACCAUGCACCUGAUGCUCAAGUGAAUUACUGCGUAUAGUUGUCUAAGCAGGUUACAGGUUUCUGUAGUUGUCUGAGUCUUAUUUAAUGUCAUAGCAUUAUUUAUAGCCUAGUUUAGCUCAAAAUAAAUUGUUGCAUAUUUUGGUGGUUUCAAGAGUCUUUGAAACACGUUCAGAUUCUAAAUGUUCUGCCAGUUUGUUUUCUGGUUUUAUAGGUGUUUUCUGUAGAGAAGAUAGAAGUAACCUGCAAAAUGAGUGUCUGGCAACUUUUGACCAAAAAAAGUCUCUCCCUUUCCUGUCAGCAUUGGGAUACGGAGGCAUCCCACUCUCUCUUGCCUCUCUCCCAGUUGAGGAUUUUUUUGGCUGCUGUGUUUCAGCUCUUAUAACUCUCCAACAAAAAAACCCCAAACAUGAUGGGCCAAACAGCAUCCCCCACCUGGGCUGCAGGCAGCGGUCUCAAGAGCUUUCCCAGUUCUUCCCCGUGUGUGUGUACCUUGGGGUAACUCAAUGGUUUAGCUAGUUGUUUAGGUAGCUCUUGGUCCUGACCGUCUACAAAGCAGCAGCACGGCAUCGAACUUGGUAUUUAUUGAGCUCAGUGUUCAGAAGUGGCCAGAAGCAGGCAGCCAGGGGAUCCUCCAGAUUGUGACCAGUUCAUCUCAGGGACUUACUGAACCAGAUGUGGUUUCUAAGUAGCAGCUGUCAACAGACUUGUCUGCUGGAACUCUGGACUCCCCUUGGACUCACACAAAGCCAGGUGAGAAGUACCUGCUGCCUGACGAACCGCAGCCUUUCUUUUGAUCCUAGCUCCCUACAAGCGCCACUCCACGCCUGGUUUAUAGACCACAUCCUCCUACUUUUCCACCAUCUUGUUCGCCGUCAUGUCCCCAUGCCACGUGCACAUUUCAUUAAUCCAAAUGCAGACAUCUACAGGGUAAACACCAACUGACUCAGGCUACAAACCAGGCCUGUAGUCUGAACGGAAGGAACACAGCAGGACUUGAGUUGCCUGCUCUGUUUUAAUGAAGCCAAUAUGCAGUAAGGAGUGCCUGUUUUCCCAGUGACUACACAACAGCCUCAAACCCGGUAGUUAAAUAGUUUAAAUCUAGGCAGGGGUAUGUCAGAACAGCCCCACACGUGGCUGCGUCUGGCGUGAAA